AGCACUAAUUGUCCUAUUCUCCGCGGUGGACACACUAUACAGCAGCCGUUUCAGCUAAUGAAUAUAGCUAUUUCAACACCUUAGAAUCAAUGUGUUAUUCCGCGUAUAUACCUGUCUUCUGCCACGUUUUCAUUUGGAACUUAAAAUAUUUUAAGAAUUGAUGAUUUAAAAACUGAGCCUAUAUGGUCUUGAUUCUUCCAAUGGAACACGAAAAGAUUUUUUGCGUGCGAAGUGGACACGUACAAACCGAGUGAAUACGAUAUGGGGUGUUCGACAUCUUCCCUUGACGAAAAUCCUGGCUCUUUCAAAUGUCCGUCAAAGACCCCUACCUCCUUUGGUCACGAACUGUCCUCGUACGCCUCCUGUGAAGUCAUGUCCGAAAGUGAAAAACGCCUUGUUAAGAAAACAUGGAAGUAUAUGGCCAAAAACAUGUCUGCCAACGGCGCGAAGGUGUUUCUAAGAAUUUUUGAGCUUAAACCAGACCUCAAGCAAUUAUUUCCAUUCCGAAAUGACGAUGGGGAAUCCUUGAUAAAUGACCCAAAUUUUACAGGACAUGCUUCAAGAUUUAUGCAAGCGGUCGGAGCUGCUAUUGACAAUAUUCACAAUCUCCACGUUUUCUUUGGACCUUUGUUGAUCGGACUCGGGAAACAACAUAUUAAGUUUGGUGGAUUUAAACCUGAGUAUUGGGACGUUUUUACGGAAGCCAUGCUGUUUGUAUGGGAAAACGAAUUGGGUGAGGAAUUUGACGACAAAUGCAGAUAUGCUUGGACGAAAGUGUUUGAGUUUAUUAUGGAACAGUUAAAGGAUGGUUACCGACUUGGUGAAGAAGAGGAACUCGGACAAGAUCCAACACAAAUCUGAUAUCUCCACGGCUAUAUUACCAUGAAGAAGAGGAACUCGGACAUGAUCCAACACAAAUCUGAUAUCUCCAAGACUAUAUUACCAUACUGUAUGUGUGCUCGCGCGCGUGUGUGUAUCAUGUACAUGUAAUAAGUUAUGUUAUUCAUGAUUGUUGUGUCAUGUCCAAAUCAUACGGCAAAGGACCACCGAGUCACUAUGGGGAAAAUACAUGUAACAGCGCCACCACCUGGAGACAGAAAAUAGGAAGGAAUAUUGGCUAUUGUCAUUGUAUGUAAAUGCAUUAUUAUCCGUUUGAUACAAUGUUUACAAUGAUUACAUGUUCUUUAAGAUUUAAUAGUCAAGUGGACGUGUCAAAUUAGUCGAAAGUGAAUGAAUUGUAAACACAUUGCUCUGUUAAACAUUGCAAUCAAUUAUAGAAUACGGCAUGUACUGUACACUGCAUGUAGUUGUUUUAGGCGGGGGAUUCAACAUAAAUCAUUAAAUGCAUUAAUAUGUAAAAUGUAAGGCUCUAGGUCAUUACAUGCAACACUACAAUCUCAGUAGUGUACCUAGACAUUUGAAACGGGAAAGAUGGAAAUUAUGAAAUACUGCCAAUUGGCCAUCUUAUAAAGAAUUUUUUUUUAUAAAUGCAUGUAUGCGUAUAAAACUCUGAGUUUAGAUUAAAAUAUUUGAUUUCUUUCACAAA